AUGAGGGAACUACCACCUCAACAAACAUCAAUGACAGAUAGGGUUUUGUGGUUUUUUCAAGAGCGCAAUCUCGCAGAGGCAAAGAACACUUUCGAGUCACGCCGCCCCAGAGCUGAUUCUCCUCCCUGGCUCGACUCUGGAGACGACGACGACGACUCAGCUGAAUGGUCUUAUCAGACGCAUUAUGCCGAUGGUAUCACCCCUGUUCGGCGCCGCAUCCAGGACAAGGAGAUUCAGAAGUUCAAACGCACUCCAUUGUGGGUUCCCAGCCGCGAGACAUACGAAGACGAAGGAUGGAGAGCUUUCCGGCUCCCCGUCUUCGUACGCGAUAGCUCGCCCGCUCCCUCACCUCUCCCUGCAACAAAACCUGGGCUUCGUGACGCUUUCCGUGCACCUACGAUCUACGUGUACAAGGACAUCGGAUUCGAUCGCUACAGAGUCGAGGCAAUCGAGAAGACCAAGCUACCGCAGUACAACAAGGUUGACGAAGAGGAAACUGUCGAUCAGCUCAGCCCCCACAGCCAAUACAUCCUCGACACGGAGAACGGGGCCAUCUUCGACUCUGACGCCGAGGACGAUGACCACGGUACCUACAGCACCGAUAACGAGGUCUCCAAGACAGACGGGAUCGAAACUCAACACGGAAGCAUUAUGGACCAUUUUGAAGAUACGAGGGGUACUAUCGGCGGUAUUCACCGUGGCAGCAGCGCUGCUGUGGGAGAUGCUGUGCAGCCUGAUCUCUCUAGCAACCCGACCAUCCAGUUUUUUCAGAACAGUUUUAGCAUCAAGUCCUCCGGCAAGGCAAGCAAUGUCGACCUGUUUUUCCGGAGACCCGCCAAACCCACGCAAGUACACGACAGUGGCACACACCACAAUAUGGACAACGCAUCAAUCAUCGACAACAGCCAGCAACAAGCCGCUACCGUCACGCAGGAUGUUAGAGAAGAGCCUACGCCGCUCCACAUUCGCAAGCGCAAGCAGAUAGCAAGCCGCAGCUUCGCAACCGACCGCAACGUUCGCCCACAGAUCAAUCACUACCACGGAUAUGAAACAGUAGCUGGUGACAUACUUCCUCCUACCUCUACCGCUACCGUCAUACUCCAAGAGUAUAUCGAGGAGAUCCAGUACAUGUUGCGCCAUGAAAUCAUGAGUUGGCCCGUGAACAACCACUUGCGUCCUCUGCUCAUCCGCCUCCACGCAGACUGCGGAUCUUGUCAGAAGAGCAAGCCCAUCAAGCAAGACUUGCUGCCUCUACUCCUUCGUCUCAAAGAUUACUACCGAAUAGUUCUGGACGAAGGUAUCGAGGACAUGGACAGGAUUAGUGCUGAUCUCGAUGGACCUGCUUCCAUGCUCUCCAACCCUUCUCUCAAUGUAUACCGCGCUAUCGAUGGCUUAGCUCCUCUUAAAUACUCCAACAAUGCUCUAAGAGCUAUUCUGGCCAGAGCUGAGCACUGCACCCAGUGCAUGCUUCGUCUGAGCUUCUUGGAAAGGAGAGUCUCGGAGCUCGAUUUUGUAACCACGUCCUCCGUGGAUGAGCCUCUCCCCCAGCGCCGUCGCCAGCGUCAAGCACCUGUCCAAGAGAGGCCCAAGAAGACCUCAUUCCUCUCUGAGACCCUUGUGCAUCUCACUCGCAGCCUUGAUGACGAGACUGCCGAUUACGAAGUCAUCUCUGAAGAUGACACUGAAGACCACAUGACCAGCGCCACAGCCAACAUCAUCGAGAUCCAUAACACUUCCGUCCCCAAGCGCGUCGUGGCCAACAUCUCUGAAGCCGCUCACAAACUGUUGUACCGCCAACGCGUUCUGAUCCACGACUACGAGAAGUUCGACGUCCAGACCUACAACCCCAGAGGUCGCCUCGACCCGGGUACCAAGGAUCUGAGAGACUUUGUCGAAGUCCUCAGAAAGGAUUUGGCUAGCAUGGAGGAAGCUCUGGGGGAGCUCAACGAUGUUAAGGCCGGUCUCUAA